CGAUUUGCUACUGCAUCCGCUAAACGCUAGAUAAAAUGAAGUCACUAUCAGGAUUGGCCCGCAACUAUUUUAUCACAAUUUUAUGCGCACAAGUCUUCCUUUCAAUAAUAAAUACUCUUUUUAUACUUCAAGAUAUCAACAUCGCAAUCGCUUUGUUUGGAUUCUAUGGAGCAUAUAAAAGAAAAUAUAAACCUUUUUUAGCCUAUAUUCUGUUCGCAUCUAUAUCUAGUGUCGUAGAUAUAAUUAGGAUUUCAGUUUGGAUCAACUUUAUAAGAAGUAAAUUUAUUUCAUAUUACAGUAUAUUUGGAAAUUACUACUUAAUACUACUUUGCUUUGGCAUCGCGAUAAAAAUAAUUGCAUGUCUCUUUGCAAUUUUCAUCUGUAAGGUAUCAACAUUCAAAACUAAAGGAGGAGAACACAAUACGGCAAGUGAUUUCUUCGAUUGAGCCGUACGUUAUACGAUAGACACCAGGGAAAUAUCUGGCCAAUCGGUUUAAUCGUAUUUUGUAUAGCCUAUCCGGAAUAAAAUCGUGUGGAUUCAUCUUUUUAUUUUUGUUAACAUCUAAAUAGACAUCUACACGUUAGUACCUGAACCCUAAACGGAGGUAAACCUGGUUUUUGUGUUUGUUCUACUAUCACGUGUUUGCGAAAAAAAUAUUGUUUCGGGUACCUGGCAGCCUGCUGCCAGCUUUACGUACCAGUAAUCUUCUGCGUAGUUCGAGGUUUUCUAAAAAACUGAGAAGUCUUUACGAGAUGCAAAACAAAGGUGCAAAUCCUGUUCAAGUCGAGGAAACGUCAAAAAAAUUCAAUCGCUCGGCUCUUGAAGAAUUAUUGAAACGCCGCUAUUUUUAUGCACCUGCUUUUAGCAUUUAUAAUGGUGUAAAGGGCUUGUAUGAUUUUGGACCACCUGGUGCCUCCGUUAAAAACAAUUUGCUUCAGCUUUGGCGCCAGCACUUCAUACUAAAUGAGGGGCUGUUGGAGAUUGAGACAACCGCCAUUACUCCGGAAGUAGUGUUCAAGGCAUCUGGUCAUGUGGAUAAGUUUCAAGAUUUUAUGGUCAAAGACAAAGUUACGGGUGAUUGUUUUCGCGCCGACCACUUGCUUGAACAGACAAUAGAUCAAAUAUUGACCGAGCAACAAGGGAAUUUAAACGAAGAUCAAAGAUCAGAGUUGGUUUUGUUGAAGACGAAGGCUGGCAGUCUUAGCAGUGAGGAGCUAGCUGCUGCACUUUCAAAGUAUAACGCCAAAUCCCCAGAUACGGGGAAUGAAAUUUCAGAGCCUUUUCCUUUUAAUCUGAUGUUUCCUGUGCCUAUCGGUCCAACUUCCAAGGAGCUAGGAUACCUUCGUCCCGAGACUGCGCAAGGAAUUUUUGUCAAUUUCAAGCGUUUGUUGGAGUACAAUUCCGGGCACUUGCCAUUCGGCGCUGCUCAAAUUGGCCUCUCUUUUCGCAAUGAAAUUUCACCGCGUUCUGCGCUUCUUCGAGUUCGUGAAUUUACAAUGGCAGAAAUUGAAUAUUUUCUUCAUCCACAGGAGAAAGAUCAUCCACAAUUUAACUUGGUUCGUGACAUCGAACUCAAUUUAUACCCCAUCGAGUCCCAAAUGAAUGACAAUGGAAUUUUAUGCAUGAAGAUUGGAGAUGCGGUUGCUCAGAAGAUAGUGGCCAAUGAAACUCUAGGCUAUUUCUUAGCUCGGACACAAUGUUUCCUUCAAAAAGUUGGAAUCCAGGCAGAUAAGUUACGGUUCCGUCAGCAUCUAAGAAACGAAAUGGCUCACUAUGCCUGUGACUGCUGGGAUGCGGAGAUCGAAACUUCUUAUGGAUGGAUUGAAUGUGUUGGCAACGCAGACCGAAGUGCUUAUGAUCUCUCUACUCAUUCUGCUAAAUCAGGGGAACUUCUGGUUGCUUUCAACGAAUUCAAGGAGGGUCCUCGAAUGGUAGACGUGAUCGAAUACACUGUCAGUAAAUCAGCUGUUGGCAAAAUGUUCCUCUCCAAGAGUAAAAUCAUUUUUUCGUACCUUGAAAAACUCGCCUCUAAUCAGCCUCAACUUGCCUACUUAAAGAAGCAAAUGGAGACCAAUGGGUUCAUCGAGAUUGAGGGUAUGAAGCUAACUCCUGAUCUUAUAACUUUCAAGCAAAUACAAAAAAAGCUUUCCGGGGAGUUCUUUGUUCCAUCUGUUAUCGAACCUUCAUUCGGUAUCGGCAGAAUCAUGUAUUGCAUUUUCGAGCAUUGCUACAGAGUUCGCCCCAAUGACGAGCAAAGGGCAUUUUUGUCACUCAAACCGUCUAUUGCGCCUAUCAAGGUAUCAGUUCUUCCUCUAAUGCCUAAGCCCGAACUUCAAGCAGUCAUUCCCAGUAUCACCGAUUCGUUAGUCGAGCUAAACAUCUCUUUCAAAGUUGAUGAUUCCAGUACCACAAUUGGCCGCCGAUAUGCACGCACAGACGAAAUUGGCAUACCAUUCGGCAUUACGAUUGAUUAUACGACUCUUACAAACCAGACCGUUACUCUUCGAGAGCGCGAUAGCACCGAACAAGUUCGUAUACCUAUUCCCGAUGUGGCUCAUAACCUCAGUCUUCUUGUCAGCGAGAGGUUCUCGUGGGACUAUAUAAGAACGUUAUACCCUCUGGAAAAAGCUUGAUUUUACAAAAAUAAGCAUCAAUGAAUGUUGUGCAUUUUUGAAAAAAGGAUAUCUAUCAAUAUGAGUUUGCCUAA